UUUACUGCGGUGUACAAACAUGUCAGCCUCCAUGACUUCUCGAAACUUUGAAGCUGUGGUUCAUAAAUAAAGUGUUUACUUGGUAACAGCAGAUAUGUCAUGAUAUUUAGAAUUUACAGUUUGUAAAUCACAAUUAGAGGAAUGAGUGGGAUUCAGCAUGGACAGGGAUUGUUGCUGGCUGCCGGUGCUGGAAUAAUGGCAGCUCUCGGAUCAGUUUCAGCUAAACUGGCCACUAAUGAUCAUUUUAUCUUAGAGUCCUGUCAAUUCACCAUUAAAGCUGACUUAUGUGUCCAGAUUAGUCUUAUGGUUAGAGUGGUGUUCUUUGCCAUGAUUUUUAUUUGUAAUGGGAUGAUGUGGACACUCUUUACAAAGUCUUUACAGUUCUGUUCUUCAACUGCAGAAGCUACUGUUGCAAACACGGCCAAUAAUUUCCUUGUUAGUGCCUUGGUAGGUGUGGUUCUGUUCAACGAAUCGCUUUCCCUGCGAUGGUGGAUGGGUGCAAGCCUGAUUGUUCUAGGACUUCUGCUGAUCCACAGAGCCAACAGAAAGGACAGCCAAGAGACACAUAAAGUGGACUGAGCUCUCCAUAUAACAAAGGAUAUGUUAACAGCACGGGCUCACCGCUUCCUUGCCUAUUCCGUAGGCCACAUUGAAGAGAUAGGCCAGACCUCCAGCAGACGAUAUGUUCACAAUCAGACCACUUUUUCUCGGAACCAUCAUUUUUGCAGCAUAAACUG